ACGUUUCAGGUGUUUCCGCUAUAGCAAGGUAACUCAACGUUCGAAAAAAUGGCGCUCACCGUAACUGAGGAUUGGAUCUGCGAAAGAGUUCAGUUAAAACACGACAAUCACGAUGAUGUCAGAUCAUUGUCAUUACCGGGAACAUAUCAUGAAAAAAUUACAUAUCUUGGACAUGCAUUCCGUAACUUUCGCCGCCUUAAACAUCUUGAUUUAUCCCGGAAUGCUCUCAUCAGUCUGGAAGGAAUUGAUCAUCUAAAGAUAUUAGAAAAACUCAAUCUAUAUUAUAAUAAUAUACCAACUUUAAAAGAGCUCUACAGAUUACGAUUUAACACUUCUUUACAAGAAUUAGAUCUCAGAUUAAAUCCUGUGACUAAAGAUGAACCGGAUUAUAGAUUAUUUCUGGUUCAUAUGCUACCAAACCUCAGGAAGCUAGAUGACCGUGAUGUAAGGGAUAGUGAAAGAAAAGCUGCUCUCACUCAUUUUACACCCGACCAGGCAACUGAAUUGACAGAACAUCCAGCAUUACCAAAUCCUGAAGAGGAAAGGCAACCACAUCCCAGGGCUGAGUAUGUCAAGAGUAUAGGAAAAAAAUCAACAGUUUUAGAUGACGAUGAUUGUGAAGUGUUGGACUUGAUAUCCCGUACAGCCGGUGAUCUCGGAAAACCACGCCAAAUAACAGGAUCCUACGCUAAGCUACCCUCUGUAGAGGAGCAUGCGAUAGAAGAUGCCCGAGUACUUGAUAGAGCUGAAAUGAUGUCAGAUGCCCAUCCCUAUGACGUGAGAAAUCAUUUGCCAAGUACCAAUUUCCCUCCUUCACCAAUAAUGACUUCAUCACUGAAAAAAGAUGAGGAACCUGUUGGUAACCAUGGAAACUAUCAAUCAAGGCAGAUAUAUAAUCAGCCUCAUUCACCGAAUCGUGAGAGACAUCCACACAUGCUACGUGAGUAUACGCCACCUAGAUCCAACACUGUGGGGAUCUUACCAAUCAUAACACUGACUCCGCCCUCUCCGACUGAUAAAUCAUCCCCUGUAGGCAAGAUAUCGCAUCACCAGGCGCACAGGGAGCGCAUGCGUGUACAGUUUGCGGAUGAAGUUGAGCAGAUUAGGAAAGAAGGUGAUCCUAAUAUCCGAUUUGGGGACGAGAGUAAAGCAUACACUGCUUAUACUUCUAAAGCUAAUUUCACGCCAGCACCACAAGGGUCAUUAACAGAAAUUGAUCGAAAAACACCAAUGCAUAGUCAGCCUGUUAGACACACAGACAAUCCCACAGUGCCUUCCAGUGCUUCACAUGGCAGAGAUGCUAGCCAAUCAGACAGUAGAAUAAUGUUGUCAGAUGUACCUAUGUCACCACCAACCAGACAACGAGGAGAACCUCGUCAAUUGCGCAGUACAGAAUCUACCAUAGAUGAUGUUCAAAACAUAUCACUUGGUGAAGACAAAGAUUUUUUUGAGAAAUUCCUCACCCUCGUUGACAAGUAUUGGAAUGGAUCCAAAUCAUUACACAAGAAUGCCAAAUUUCUAAAUCUCGCCAAGACCAUGUUAUCCAAUCACAUGUCCGAUAUGAACACCAGCGGCAUUACAAAUAUUGAUAAACUGAAGGAAGAUUUAGCACAUUUUGCACAAGAAAAUGUAGCACUACGUGGUAAACUAUCUCGGGUGAACUCCAGUGACCAAGGUCAAGGUAACAGAGAAAUGAAAUCGGCGUUGGAUCAAGCAUAUAGAGAUUUGGACCUGUUAAGAUCUCGGUUACACCAAUCAAUGGAAGAGAAUCAAAGAUUAAAAUCAGAAAUAUCAUCACAUGGUUCAUUGAUGGCUUCUAACAACGCUAUGGAGAGUAAACAGAUUGGGGAUCUAUCAAGAGAAAAUGAACUACUGAAACAAGACAUUGAGAGACUGAAUGUUCAAACCAAACACUAUUCACAAUUACAAGAACUUGCAAAUAUGCUACAAGAAAGUCAUAAAUCUCUGGUUUCCACUAAUGACCAUUUAUUGAAAGAGCUGAGUGAGACGCGGUCUCGGCAUUCCCAAGAAGUGAAACAGUUACACAUGUCAUAUGGCGAACUGAAGAAAACGUUGGACUGGGUUCCGCACCAUGGCGGAUCUGGCAGCAAUAGUAAUGGUGUUGGGUAUGACAAUUACGACAUAGAAUAGACAAUUGUAUGUUCAUGUCUAAACACAUUUUCCAUCAAUCUGCGUGUGUUGAUUGAGCGGUUGGUUGCCAAGCAGCUGAAGUUCGCAAGGUACACAGUAAUGUUUGUCGCCGUUAAGAGACUUUGAUUACAUGCGAUUAGUAUUUGAUUGAAUCUCCAAGCUCGGAACCCGGCAGCGUCUGGGUUUCAUAUAUAUUUUCUGAUAAUGAUAAUUAAUAAGAUGCAAAUCAAUAUUUGUAAAUGUCAAUCCAUCGCAGAUACAAAAGCAAUCGAAAAAUACAAAAUACCGCUCAUUAAUAUUAAGGUUGUCUGGUUUCACUGAAAACGCUUGAUGUGUAAUCACCGUUCAGUACAGUCAUUGCCACACCUCUGAUUGUGAUGCCUCAUUCUUGAAGUAGAUGAUAAAUUACGGCAAUUGUUCAUGAGUUUUUGAUGUGAAAUUGUAAAUUUUAAUUAAAUUAAUUUAUGAUGUUGCCUGAUAUAUCCUCUGACCUUUAAGUGAUAUUUAUAUGCAUGCCUAUAAUUCUGAAAUUUUGCUUAUUAAUGUCAUGUUUUUUUGUUUGUUAUGCCAAUACCGGUAGUAGGGGUCAACUUUAAUCAACAGGUACAAAUUGGCACAUGUGUUUCAUUGUUAAUGAAAUUGAAAUUUUAUUGAAGUGCUGAAAACUAUUUUGAUGUUUUGAGCUUUUUCACUGGGUUUUAAUUUCACAAACUUUGGCAGGAAAAAAAUGAGUUCUAUUAUUUUGAAUGUUCACAUGGAUUUAAUUUAGUGGAUUUUACUAUCAGCGAGAAUAGCGAAAUUAAAAACCAGUGAGUAAUUAAUGCAUUUACAGUACAUCCAAUCAGUAAUUACGCCACUCCCACAGACAUUGCUGGCUAACCUUCCCUCAAUGCAAUGCAGAUUAAGAGUUAAUUAAAUCACAUGAUCACUAUUAACCAAUCAUCAGUCGGUGACCAAGUCUCAAAUCUGAAUCUGAAAGAUUGUGUAUUUUUCUACUUAUCAAUAAGACAAUUGAGCACAUGUGCCAAGUAUAAUAUUAAAUGGUGCAAUGAACGACUUUAAGUCUGAUAUAAUAAUAAAAUGGGUCAAGGAAGACUUUAAUGUCAGAAAACAUUUAUCAAAUGUUUAUUUCUUUUUAUUUUACUUCUUGUAAACACUUCUUUUUUCAGUUUUUCAGUUGCAUGUUGUUUUCUGAAGUGAGUGCAAACUUUCAAUGAAAAUCUAUUUUUUAAGAAUUUGAAUGAUAUUGUGUAAAUUAUUUAUUCAUAUGGGCUUCCAAUAAUGAAUUUUUGCAUGAAAUAAACUAAUUCACUAUGUCUGCCAGUAUUAUUUGCAAAAC